AUGCGCGGUUGACGCAUGCUUUGGGCGGCGGUUCCGCAACAUGCUCCUCUAUGACAACAAGCGAUUCUUUUGGUUGCUGUUGAAUCGUCGUGGCAGCGUCUUCUACCGAUGCGACUCGCUGGUGGGUGGUCUCUUUGUGGCCGCCCUUGGCGGGGCCAUUCAAUACAUGCAUGAGAGUGAAUGGGAAGAUGCUCCAAGCAUUGGUCACCACUAUGGACUGCAAGCUCUAGGCGUUGCAGUCACCUGGGCCAUUGUCUUUCGCACGAACCUGGCCUGGACAAGGUACUGGGAGGCGGUGACGCAGCUGCAUGUGAUGUACAGCAAAUGGGCCGACGCCUUCUCCCAGUUCUACGGCUUCUCAGAGGUCACGCUGAAAGCGGCCAAGGAAAAGAAGGACGAGGAGAAGGUCAAGCGCAUCAUCCUGAAACAGAGGAGACUAAAGGUGAACUUCGCCCUGCUGUCGGCCAUGGCGGCGGAACGUUUGUCCAACGGUGACAAUCAGCUCAUCGAGGAGAUGUCGCGCAAGGUGCGCUCACGCAGCGCCAUGCGGGUGGAGAAGGAGUUGAAGGGCACAGGGCUGCCCAGCAUGGUUGCGAAAAAGGAUUUUGAUCGUGAACUACGGACGGUCGGAAGUUACGUGCUCUUUUGCAAGCCCUCGGAACAGCAGAUCGAGCUGUUGAAGCGCUCCAACGAUGCAGUGUCCUUGGUGAUGUAUUGGAUCCUGUGGGACCUGGCUAGUGUCAUGAAGGACAUCGACACGGCCCCGCCCAUCCAGUCCAGGAUGUAUCAGGAGCUUUCUAACGGCAUGUUGGGUUUCAACAACUGCCUGAAGAUUGCAGAUGUGCCAUUUCCCUUGCCAUUUGCUCAGCUGCUGCUGCUUUUGCUCGUGGCGUUCUCCGUUCUGAUUCCACUGUAUGUGAUCGUUUUCACGAAGUCGCGGGUGGUUGGACCCAUCCUGUGCUUCUUCCUCUUCGAAAGCCUUUGGUGCUUGAACGAGGUCGCCAAAGAGCUUGAGAACCCCUUUGGCCAGGACAUGAAUGACAUCUCCCUACCGGAUUUCCACCUUCGUUUCGUGGACAACUUAGAGACUGUGAGCCAUUGUGAGCAGCGGCAGAUGCUGGACCCAGGAGAUGACUUCAACGCUGUUGACCUUCGAUCCUUGGCCAACCAGCCACCACUGGAGGUCGCCGCCCUCGCGGCGACGGUAGAUACGACGAAGCUUAGGCUCUGAGGCUGCUGAGGUAAGCCAUGGCCCAUUGAGUGCGAU